AUGAAGUUUAGUACGCGAGUGCUGGAGUCGACGUGCGCGGCGCUGGCGGGGAGGCGCGUGGCUGCGCUGCUCGUGUGCGGCGGGGGCGGCGCCGCAACCGCCGUGGUUACCGCCGCAGCGCGCGCCGGCGUUCCCGUGCUCCGGACCUCGCCUUCACAUCUGCAUCUCUCUUACACUAUCGCUAAUGAUAUACUACCCUUGGAGAUAAGACUGGAGAUUACUGCGAGGGAGACGCUACACGCUUUAAGAGCUACACUUUUGCAUACCCAUUGGCAUACAUUUACUUUGCUGGCGGAAGAAGAUAUUUAUUCAUCGCUUUAUUUAAGAAAAGACUUGUCUUCGAUUCUGACAACUCAACCAUUGAAUCCUAUAUGGCUCUCGCUUCCCACAAAAUAUUCCCGACAUGCUAUUUUCAGACGCCUGGCGGAAGUUUCAAGGUUAACGCGAGGAGUCGUGGUGUUGAUAUCAGAUAUUCAUUAUGCCAAGCUUGUUAUGGAUGAAGCGGAGCGACUCAACAUGCUCGACGGACAUUUUUUUUGGCUAUGGCUUGACGCUUCCAGUGAAUUCGACGUUUUCCAAAACAUAGUUAAUUCAACUCAGUACACUGAAGACAGUAUACGUGACGCUGCAAGCUCUAGUUAUAAAGAUGAAGCAUUAUUUUAUGACAGCUUUGAACGCAGUAAACGAGAUGAUGCAGACAAUAAUUCGAUAGUCGAUGCGAAUUUCAGCUCUUCAUCUAUAACAUAUAAUAAGAUAACGAAUAAUAACGUAAUUAGCGAAUAUAUUUUAAAAUUAGAUAAUAGUCAUGGUAGAAGAAGUAUUAAUAAAUCUAAAGCGCACAUUAAAAACAAAUUAUUAAAUGUAAAUCUAAUUAAUUCCUACAAUGUAAGUCAAAAUGGUAGUUCGGAAAGUAUUAGGAAAAUAAAUGUAGAUAAAAAAGGCGUUGAAAGUUCUAAAAUUGAAAAUGAUUUAUUAGAAAAGGAAGAUGUUAGUUCCUUCCAUGUGAAUAAUAUUCAUAAAGAUAAUAUUGAAACUACUUCUAGAAGUAAAACAGAAAAUGAAUCAUUUAAUAAGUAUGUAAAUAGUAUAACUUUUAAAGACUUAGGUAAAGCAAGAAAAUUAUUAAAAGAAAGAUAUAUAGAUAUUAAUGUUAAAGACCGGGAAUUAAGUGAUAGUGUAUUUUUUUCAAGUGAUAUUAGUGAUUUCUUAUUGAAUCCCACGGUGCAUACUUCUACUACGAAUAAUGUUAGAGAUAAAUUAGUAAAGAGAACAGAUAAAUAUUUAAUGAAUGAUGAAAAAACUGUCGACGAAAAUAAUGGAGAUAUAAAAAAGUUAAAAGAGAACAGAAGUACGGUGUUUAAUAACCUUCCAGUUGGACUUUUGGCGUUGUACCCUCAGCCUAUGAAAAUUGAUGAAACAUUCAUAAGGUCGGCUGUCCGUUUGACAGUGAGUGCACUGUACCGGGUGUUGCGAGCAUGCGAUGCAUGGUCAGCACAGGCUCAAUUUUUAAGCGACGCCGCCGCAUCAUGUUGGGAGGAACCGAGUGACGCUGCUGCGGAUUUUUCAAUAGAAUUUGUAAGGGAAAUGCGAGUAUUAUCAGCUGCGGCAUUAGCGGGUGGAUUUGGAAGACAAGAUACAUCUCUUACAGCAACAUUUUCAUUUCUUAAUUUAAUUUUGAAUCCCGAAGGCGGCAAUGUUUGGCGGCAAGUUGGCCACAUUAGAGGCAGGGAUGUUCAAUUGCAUACCAUCGUCUGGCCGGGAGGUCGACUCGUUGCGCAUGGUCAAUCAGCUGGUGCUAGAACUAUAUUUCGCAUUGUCACUGCUCUAGCGCCACCUUUUGUCAUGGAGGGCGAACUUGAUGAAGACGGACAAUGCCUGCGAGGAUUAGCUUGCCAUCGACCACAAACAUCCGAUAGAGAUAACCUGACCUUAGUCUUCAAUGUACUUGAAAGGGAGAACGAUCAAGAUAGUAAUGAUUUUUUCUUUCCCACUCCUAAACCAACAACAUUUUCACGAAUGGCUACUCAUUGCUGCUACGGAUUUGCAAUGGACCUCUUAGAAAACAUAGCGCAAGAGCUUGAGUUUGAUUUUCAUUUGUACAUAGUUGAAGAUGGCUUGUACGGUUCGAGAAAAUUAGUAAAACCAUUUCAGAGGGCUGUUGAUAAAAAUACUGAAAAUGCAUUUUGGUCGAAACAUAAAAACUCACGACUUCACAAUACAGAUGAUGAUAGAGUAACAAGUAGUGAUAACGCUGACAGUCUAAGUACCAAAGAGGAUCUUGAAAAAUGGAAUGGUAUUAUUGGUGAUUUGGUCUCCGGCGCCGCGCACAUGUCAUUUGCCGCACUCAGUGUAUCCGCUGCUAGAGCUGAAGUCGUUGAUUUUAGUCAACCCUACUUCUUUAGUGGUAUUUCAAUACUAGCAGCACCAAAUCAACGUCCGGAUAUUCCUUUAUUAGCUUUUUUAUUACCCUUUUCACCAGAAUUAUGGAUUGCAAUAUUCACAUCCCUAAAUGUUACAGCAAUUGCCGUAGCUAUAUACGAAUGGUUGUCACCUUUCGGCUUAAAUCCUUGGGGUCGUCAGAGAUCUAAGAACUUUAGUAUUUCUAGCGCUCUAUGGGUGAUGUGGGGACUUCUGUGUGGCCACUUAGUGGCAUUCAAAGCACCUAAAAGUUGGCCUAAUAAAUUCCUAAUUAACGUAUGGGGUGGGUUUUCUGUGAUAUUUGUAGCCAGUUACACCGCGAAUAUUGCAGCUUUGAUUGCCGGCUUGUUUUUUCACAAUGCUGUUGAUGAUUAUCAAGGAAGGAGUAACUGGUUGUCUCUCCGGAUAGGCACGGCUAAGUCUUCAGCUGCCGAGUACUAUGUUCAACGAAAUAACCCACAUUUGGCUGAAAUUAUGCGACGCUACGCUCUACAAGAUAUUGAAGAAGGAAUACAACGUUUAAGAAAUGGUACUCUGGAUCUUCUGAUAGCGGACACCCCGGUACUGGAUUAUUAUCGAGCUACAGAUCAUGGAUGUAAAUUGCAAAAGGUCGGGGAACACGCACUCGCUAAAGAUACAUAUGCUAUAGGAAUGGCGAAAGGAUUUCCGCUAAAGGAUAGUAUAUCAGCAGUUAUAGCAAAAUAUUCAUCUAACGGGUACAUGGACAUUCUAACAGAAAAAUGGUACGGAGCUCUCCCUUGUUUUAAACUAAGCGCUGAUUAUGGUAUACAACCUAAACCGUUGGGUGUAGCCGCCGUUGCUGGUGUAUUUAUACUUCUUGGGGUUGGAAUGAUCGUUGGUUGUCUGAUAUUAAUUUUAGAACACCUCUUCUAUAAAUAUACUUUACCAAUUUUACGACACCAGCCGAAAGGGACAAUUUGGAGGAGUAGAAAUAUUAUGUUCUUCAGCCAGAAACUAUAUAGAUUCAUUAACUGCGUGGAACUGGUAUCUCCACAUCACGCAGCUCGGGAAUUAGUAAAUACCAUUCGCCAAGGACAUUUUACUUCCCUUUUCCAGAAAAGCGUUAAAAGGAAGGAACACGAACAACGCAGGAGAAGAAAGAGCAAGGCACAAUUUUUUGAAAUGAUCCAAGAAAUUAGAAGGGUUCAGCAAUGCAGGGAUCACUCAUUGGAUUCUAUAAAAGAAAAUGUUGCUAUUGAAACAUCGGAAAUUUCGGAAGAAGUCACUGAAUCAAAAUUCUUAUCUCCAUCUCCCGACGUAUCCAGUCGAUCCCCAAGACCAGGUCGUUCACCUAGACAACUUCGCUCACCAAAAAGUAGAAGAAAACGUUGCAGCGUUGCUGGAUUAAAUGUAAGAAGAUUUAGUACAGAUUCAGUUUUAGGUUCUGACUCAGCAUCUAUCUAUGAAAGAACAAGUCUUAAUAUUGGCCGAAGACUCAGCCGUGACGUGAGUUGUUUAACAAAUUCACCUCCCGACAUUAAUACUCGUCUUCGAACACCAUCGCCUAUGGCUCGUCGAGUUGAGGGAUCAUCGACUCGUUCUUAUCAAGAUGUUUCAGAAAGGUCGAAUAAUUAUCUGAGUAUCGAUCUUCCGACACAUGGAGCUAGUAUAGAAAUUAUGGUCUCCCAAGAGCAUGAUUUACCACCUGCCCCACCAUACCCAAAGGUCUCACAUUCCGGGGGGAGAUCCCAAUUAUCUCAACUAUCAGAAGAAGAGCUAAUAAGGUUAUGGCGAAGUUCAGAAAGAGAAAUCCGAGAGGCAUUGUUAGCAGCACUACAAGAAAGACGAGCUAACUUAGAUCCUAAACAAGAUCCAGGAUGAAUCGAAUCUUCUCAGGUAUAUCUGGAAACGAAAUCGUCUGUAGAAAUAGAUCACUUCGUAUUUCUCAUUGAAUCUCAAGAUGAGGAUGAUCGGGAGUAUAGUGAAGAUUGCGCCUAUGGGCGUGAAGAAGGUGCCUUUUUUACAUUGUUUGAUGCGUUUGCCUACCAGAUAUUACUUAAACGAUCGGUGUUCAUUUGAGUGUCUUGGUAUUAUCGUAUUUAAA